UGCUUCUGAUUUUAUCUUCAGUAGUUGGUUUUACUGCCACAGUGAAUCGCGCACGGACGUCCACACACCGUGCUUUUUUCACUCGCCAUGAAGAUGCCCCGAGGGCCCUUGGCAGGGCUGCUCUUGGUACUAUGCUUGAGCGCCGUGGUUCGUGCUUUACCCAAGAGGAGCAAGACCCGCAGACAAGUACAGCAAAGCGGACAACAGCAAGUACCAUUGGAUACUUACCAGAAGGGCUGCUAUGAUAAUGGAAUAUACUACCAAAUCAACCAACAGUGGGAACGAACCUACCUUGGCAACACCCUGGUGUGUACCUGUUAUGGAGGAGGUAGAGGCUUCAACUGUGAAAGUAAACCAGAGAAGGAAGAAACUUGCUUUGACAAGUACACUGGAAAAACUUACCAAGUUGGGAAUACAUAUGAGCGGCCUAAAGAUAGCAUGAUUUGGGACUGUACAUGCAUUGGAGCAGGAAGAGGAAGGAUCAGUUGCACCAUUGCAAAUCGCUGCCAUGAGGGUGGAAAUUCAUAUAAAAUUGGAGACACAUGGCGUAGGCCGCAUGAAUCUGGGGGUUAUAUGCUGGAAUGUGUAUGCCUUGGCAAUGGGAAGGGCGAAUGGACCUGCAAGCCCAUAGCUGAACGGUGUUAUGACAACACAGCUGGGACAUCCUACGUGGUAGGACAGACAUGGGAAAAGCCAUACCAAGGCUGGAUGAUGGUUGACUGUACAUGCUUGGGAGAAGGCAAUGGACGCAUUACAUGUUCAUCCAAAAAUAGGUGUAAUGAUCAGGACACAACAACCUCCUACCGAAUUGGAGAAACUUGGACCAAAACUGAUUCAAGAGGGAACUUGCUACAAUGUAUCUGUACAGGGAACGGGCGAGGGGAGUGGAAGUGUGAAAGACACUCCUCUUUGCAAGCAUCUGGAGUUGCUUCAAACACUUACACAAACAUCCAAACUGCAGUCUAUCAACCUGAAGGACACGUGGAGCCCUUUGGCCACUGUGUGACUGACAGUGGGACUCUGUAUGCCAUUGGCAUGAGAUGGAUAAGGGCACAAGGAAGCAAACAAAUGCUCUGUACCUGCCUUGGCAAUGGUGUUAGCUGUGAAGAGAUGGUCGCAACAGUAACUUUUGGUGGCAAUACCAAUGGGGAGGCUUGUGCAAUCCCCUUCAUACACAAUGAAAAGACUUAUUAUGCCUGCACAACUGAUGGACGUCAAGAUGGGAAGUUGUGGUGUUCAACUACCUCUAACUAUGAUCAGGAUAAAAAUUACUCCUUCUGUACAGAGCAGAUAAUGUUGGUACAAACACGAGGUGGUAACUCUAAUGGAGCUCUCUGCAGCUUUCCAUUUUUGUAUAACAAUCGGAACUAUACAGACUGCACCUCUGAGGGCCGCCGGGAUAAUAUGAAAUGGUGUGGAACUACAAUCAACUAUGAUGUGGAUCAGAAAUUUGGCUUCUGUCCCAUGGCAGCUCAUGAAGAAAUAUGCACAACAAAUGACGGUGUCAUGUACCGUGUGGGUGAUCAGUGGGACAAACAGCAUGACCAAGGGCACAUGAUGAGGUGCACAUGUGUAGGGAACGGGCGUGGGGAAUGGAACUGCAUUGCUUAUUCACAGCUCAAAGAUCAGUGUAUUGUGGAUGGCAUCACUUAUGAUGUGAACCAAACUUUCUCUAAGAAGCAUGAUGAAGGUCACUUGAUGAACUGCUCAUGCUUUGGGCAGGGGCGUGGGCGGUGGAAGUGUGAUGCUAUAGAUCAAUGCCAGGACACUGAAACAAAGCAGUAUUACCAGAUUGGAGAUUCUUGGGAUAAAAAUGUACAAGGAGUAAGAUAUCGGUGUUACUGCUAUGGUAAAGGAAUUGGAGAGUGGCACUGUCAACCUUCGCACACUGACCCAGCUGGAACCGGACCCGUGCAAGUAAUAAUCACAGAAAGUGCCAACCACCCCGACUCUCAUCCCAUCCAAUGGACUACUCCUCAGUCUUCUCAUAUCAAGCAGUACACCCUGAGAUGGAGACCAAAAAACAAGAAUGUAGCAUGGAAACAAGCAACCAUCCCUGGUCACCUAAAUUCGUAUACCAUCUCUAGCCUGAAGCCUGGAGUGUUAUAUGAAGGCCAGCUGGUCAGCAUUUUGCAAUACGGACAGAAGGAAGUCACCCGUUUUGAGUUUACCACUACCAUAAUUCCGCAAGGUCAAGCGGAGACAGGUGAAACUACCCCACCACCCGCUGUUGUGGCCACAUACGAGUCUGUGACGGAGAUCACUUCUAGUAGCUUUGUAGUGUCCUGGGUUUCUGCAUCUGAUACAGUGUCUGGUUUCCGUGUAGAGUAUGAGCUCAGUGAGGAUGGAGAUGAAAAACGCUAUGUGGACCUCCCCAACACUGCCACAUCAGUGAAUAUCCUAGACCUGCUUCCAGGCCGUAAAUACAAUGUAAAUGUGUACAGUAUUACACAUGAGGGUGAUGAGAGCCUUAUCCUGUCUACAACUCAGACUACUGCUCCUGAUACUCCCCCUGAACAUGUUGUACAAAGUGUUGAUGACACAUCCAUUGUUGUUAGCUGGACUAAACCUCAAGCUCCUAUCACAGGUUAUCGGAUUGUGUAUACUCCAACAGUGGAAGGUAGCAGCACAGAACUCAUUCUCCCCGAAACUGCUACCUCUGUAACCUUGUCAGAGCUUCUUCCUGGCAUUGAAUACAAUAUAACUAUCUAUGCAGUGGAAGAGAACCAAGAGAGCACUCCAAUUAUUAUACAGCAGGAGACUACUGGAACACCUCUGAAAGUGGAAGUCCCAUCUCCCAAAGACCUGCAGUUUUUGGAUGCAACUGAUGUAAAGAUAGUCAUCACAUGGACACCUCCUCAAAGUAAGGUGACAGGCUACCGUGUUGCAGUGACCCCUGUAAAUCCUGCUGGAAGAGAUGUGCAGAACCUUCCAGUUAGCAGGAGUACACUUGCUGAGGUCAUCAACUUGAACCCUGGAACUACCUACUCUUUUGAAGUGUAUGCAGUAAGCCAUGGACAGGAAAGCCCACCUCUAGUUGGAGAGUACACAACCAAACUGGAUGCUCCACAUCACCUAGAGUUCACUAAUGUAACUGAAUCUGCAGUCCUUGUUGUAUGGACACCACCGCGUGCCAACAUAGGGCGCUAUUUGCUGACUAUAGGAGAGACCAAAGGAGGACAGCCAAACCAGUUCAAUGUGGCCUCCUCUGCAACAAGCUAUAAACUGAAGAACCUCCUGCCGGCCACAGAGUAUGUUGUGUCCCUUGUGGCUCUAAAAGGCAAUCACCGGAGUACCACCACCUCAGGAACCUUCUCAACCUUGGAACCUGUUGGAUCAAUCCCCUCUUAUAGCACAGAGGUCACGGACACAACUAUUGUAAUAACAUGGACACCAGCGCCUAGAAUAGGCUUCAAGCUGGAUGUAAGACCAAGCCUGGGUGGAGAGGCUCCUAGGGAGGUCAUCUCAGAGUCUGGCAGCAUUGUGAUCUCUGGCCUGACUCCUGGAGUGGAAUACACCUACAGCAUAUCUGUUCUGAAGGAUGGUGUUGAGAAGGAAACUCCAAUCACAAAGACAGUCAUAACACCCCUCUCUCCACCUACUAACCUGCGUCUCAAGCUAAGCCCAGAUUCUGCUACCCUCACUGUAUUCUGGGACAGGAGCAUAUCCCCAGGUGUCACUGGGUACAGAAUAACUACAGAACCCACACACGGACAGCAAGGCAGCUCUCUGGAGGAAGAGGUGGAUGAAACCCUUACUUCCUGUGUCUUUGAGAACCUAAACCCUGGUGUGGAGUACAAUGUCAGUGUAUACACCGUUAAAGGGGAAGAAGAGAGCAUUCCACUCUCCAAAGUCAUCACCCCAGAAGUUCCCCAGCUCACUGACUUAAAGUUUGUCGAUAUAACCGAUUCGAGCAUUGACCUGAGGUGGACGCCCCUUAAUUCCUCCUCCAUAAUCGGCUACCGAAUCACUGUGGUGGCAGCAGGAGAAUCUGUCCCAGUCUAUCAAGAAUUUGUGGGCCCCAUGGAUGGGUAUUACAGGGUCUCAGGACUGGAACCCGGCAUUGACUAUGAGAUCAGCGUCAUAACACUCAUUAACGGCGGAGAGAGUGUCCCUACCACACUCAUACAGCAGACGGCUGUUCCUCCCCCAACUGACCUACGGUUUACCAACAUUGGCCCGGACACAAUGCGCAUAACAUGGUCACCUCCAUCAUCCAUUGAGCUGUCAAGUUUCCUUGUGCGCUAUUCUCCAGUAAAGAAUGUGGAAGAUGUUACGGAGAUGACUAUUUCACCUUUCCAAAGCAUGGUUGUGUUGCCAAAUCUUUUGCCAUUCACUGAAUAUCUUAUCAGUGUUUACUCUGUGUAUGAGGAGAGAGAGAGCACACCACUUGUUGCAUCUGCCAAAACUACUUUGGACUCCCCAACUGGCAUUGACUUUUCUGAAAUCACCCCCACCUCCUUCACCGUGCAUUGGAUCCCUCCUCGUGCUACAAUCAGUGGAUACAGAAUACGAUACCAGCUGGAGAGUGGCUCGGGACACCCCAGGGAAGAGAGGGUACCCCCUUCACGAAACUCAAUCACCCUUACCAACCUGAUUCCAGGCUCUGAAUACUUGAUCAGCAUUAUUGCUGUCAGUGGUCAACAAGAGAGUUUACCUCUUUCUGGGCAGCAAGCAACAGUAUCUGAUGUACCAACUGAUCUGGACGUAACCUCUUCCACUCCAAACACCAUCACCAUAGCCUGGGAAGCCCCUGCAGUCAAUGUGCGCUACUACAGGAUCACUUAUUCCCAAACAGGUGGUCAUGGUCCAGUCCAAGAAUUCACAGUGCCUGGUCAUUUCUCCACUGCCACCAUUAGAGACCUGAAACCAGGAGUAGACUACACAAUCACUGUUUAUGCAGUUACUGGGCGAGGAGAUAGCCCUGCAUCCAGCAAACCAGUCACCAUCAAUCACAGAACAGAUGUUGAUCAGCCAACUAAGAUGGAGGUAACUGAUAUCCAAGAUAACAGCAUACAUGUACGUUGGACACCUUCUCCAGGUCUGGUUACUGGCUACAGGGUCACCAGUACCCCAAAAGGUGGUCAGGGAGAGUCUAUUUCCCAGGUGGUUCCUCCAGAUCAAACCGAGAUGACCAUAGUGGGUCUGCAGCCAACAGUGGAAUACAUAGUGAGUGUAUAUGCACAGGGCGAGAACGGAGAGAGUGAACCAAUAGUGGAGACUGCUGUUACUAACAUUGACCGGCCAAAAGGACUGACAUUCACAGAUGUGGAUGUUGAUACCAUUAGACUGACUUGGGAGAUCCCAGAAGGGCAGGUCACCCGAUACCGGGUCACCUAUUCUAGCCCAGAGGAUGGAAUCCAAGAAUUGUUCCCAGCUCCGGAUGGGGAUGAUGACACUGCAGAACUACACGGUCUAACACCGGGCACAGAGUAUACUGUCAGCAUUGUGGCAUUGCAUGAGGACAUGGAGAGCAAGCCCCUGAUUGGAGUCCAGAACACAGCCAUUCCUGCUCCAACAAAUUUGAGGUUCUCUCAGGUGACUCCUAGUGGCUUGACUAUCAGCUGGUAUGCACCCAAUGUCCAGCUUACAGGGUACCGUGUACGUGUUAACCCCAAGGAGAAGACAGGCCCUAUGAAGGAAAUUGAGCUUCCUCCAAGUGUCACAACCACCUCAAUAACUGGGCUGAUGGUUGCCACCAAGUAUGAGGUGAAUGUUUAUGCUGUGAAGGAUUCCCUAACGAGCAAGCCACUGCAGGGAAUAAUCUCCACCCUUGAGAAUGUCAGCCCACCUCGGCGUCCACGUAUUACUGAUGUAACCGAGAAUACAGUCACAAUUGCCUGGCGCACAAAGACUGAAACAAUCACAGGUUUUCAGAUUGAUGCAAUCCCUACUGGGGGUCAGAAUCCUGUUCAAAGAAUCAUUAACCCAGAUGUUAGAACUUAUACUAUCACAGGUCUUCAACCUGGCACAGAUUACAAGAUUCAUCUGUACACUUUAAAUGACAACGCUCGUAGCUCUCCGGUGACUGUUGAUGUAUCUACAGCUGUGGACUCUCCUUCCAAUCUCCGUUUUCUGACAACCACUGACAACUCUUUGCUAUUCACCUGGCAGUCUCCUCGUUCCCGAAUCACAGGGUACAUCAUAAAGUAUGAGAAAACUGGUGGGUUACCAAAGGAGCUUCUUCCACGUAUCCCAGCAGGAACCACAGAGGCCACAAUAACCAAUUUAGAACCUGAUACAGAGUAUGUCAUUCAGAUUAUUGCUGUAAGGAAUAAUCAGAAGAGCGAGCCUCUAACUGGACACAAGAGGACAGAUUCGCUACCCCGCUUGGUGACCCUACCUCAUCCAGGCCAGGGCCCUGAAAUCCUGGAUGUACCCUCCAAUACAGAAAACAUACCCCUCAUCGCUGAAACAAAGUUUGACAAUGGCAAUGGUAUCCAACUUCCAGGCUCUGGAGGGCAACAACCCAGUUCUGGACAUGAAGGGCAACAGAUCUUCAUUGAAGAGCAUGGUUUUAGAAGCCCGACCACGUCCACCACUGCCGUCCCACUGAGGCCAGGACAAUUUACUCCUGGUCAGCACCAGCCUGGACAGUACACUCCUGAGCAACGCAUUCCACAGGUGAGGGAGGACAUUGACCUGGAUAUUCAUUUCCCAGUGUCCAGGGGAGAUGGCCAUAGCCCUUCAUAUCCUCAUGGUAUUGGACCUCAGCACAAUGACACUGGAAAACAGGAACUGUCAUCACAGACCACCAUCUCUUGGAAGCCCCUACUAGAAACGACAGAAUACAUCAUUUCCUGCCAUCCUGUGGGACAUGAUGAAGCCCCACUGCAGUUUAAGGUCCCUGGAACUUCUAGCAGUGCUACCCUGAAUGGUCUGACCCGUGGGGCAACUUAUAACAUUAUUGUGGAGGCACUAAAAGGAUUAAACAAGCACAAGAUCUUAGAAGAACUGGUGACUGUCAGCAAUACCGUCCCUGAUGGUGGUCUGCAGCCUUCUGAAGAGACCUGCUAUGAUACAUUUAAUGGAGCUCAUUAUUCUGUGGGACAAGAAUGGGAGCGUAUGUCUGAGUCUGGUUUCAAAUUGUGGUGCAGAUGUCUAGGAUAUGGCAGUGGGCACUUCCGUUGUGACUCAUCCAAAUGGUGUCAUGAUAGUGGGGUGAACUACAGGAUUGGUGAGAAGUGGGACCGUCGUGGGGAAAAUGGGCGGAUGAUGAGCUGUACAUGCCUAGGAAAUGGAAAGGGAGAAUUCAAGUGUGAACCCCAUGAGGCUACAUGCUAUGAUGAAGGAAAGAUGUAUAAUGUAGGAGAGCAGUGGCAGAAGGAGUAUCUGGGUGCCAUCUGUUCAUGCACAUGCUACGGAGGACAACAAGGUUGGAGAUGUGAUAACUGCCGCAGACCAGGAGCUGCAAUUACCCCUGAUGGUACUGGGCAUACAGUGUCUCAAUUUGCACAGAGAUACCAACAGAGCACAAACUUUAAUAUGAACUGCCCCAUCGAGUGCUUCUUGCCCCUUGGUUAUUACCAGGUAGACACACAGCAAUCUGAACAGACCAAAAACUAAAUAACAUUGUAGCAGUAUUGCUGGAACCUACAGAGGCAUGGAGGUCAGAAGCGUCUGCUCCAGAGUUUUUUUGAAGUCAUUGCCUCUGAACAGAAAAUCCAAGUGCCUUCAAAAUUCACCUGAAGUAUUUCAUGCCAUUCAGUAUUCAAUGACUGUAAUUUUAUUUUGCUUUUAAACUGAUAGGGGGAAAAUAUAAGGGGUCUUUGUAAAAGGCAACUUUGUCCAUUAUAAAAUAACAUCAGGGCAGGAAAAGUGCAGAAUAUCCCCAGAUACAGUGUAGCUGGCCACAUUUGGUUAGAAAACCACAGGCUACAUUAGCAUGGACAGGGUAAUACAGGUAAACAUUAAAGGGACAUUCUCCUUAUCUAUUCAUAAUGCAGCACAAAACUGGCUGCUGCCGACCAAUCUCUACCAUAUGCACACUGUUAAUUUCUUUCAGCACAUACCUUACUAAUCCUGUACCCUCAGUGUUAUUUAUCAAUGUCUGCUUCCUCUCCAGAUGAAUUCCUCUAUUUUACUAUUGAAAAUUAAUUUUUGAAAGUGGUGGAGAAUGAAUAGGAUGUAAUUAUGGUUGGUGAUUUUAUAUAUAUUUUUUUGUUUUUAUACCAUAUGUGCCAAAGCUUUUACUACUGUGGAAAGAACUUCUUUUAAUAAAAAUAUCUUGAAAAUCAA